GGCGCAGGAGGUGCGCGCUCUGCGGAGCCUGCCGCUCCCCCAGGACCCGGGCCCACGGAUGGCCGUCGGGGCUGCCGCGCAGGUGCCAGUGCGGUGUGAGGACGCAGCCCUGUAUCUCGCCCCCGAGCGCUGGAAGGAGUGGGCAGCGCAUGAGGACGCCAUGCGGGAGAAUUACGGCGCCACCAUCGCUUUGGGAUCCCCAGUCACCAAGCCCGAGAUGGUUGCCCAGAUUGAGGAAGGCGGUCCGCUGCUGCUUAAGGGUCAGGGGGAUGCCGAGACCAGAGAGAGGCCGGAUGCUGCCGACGCAGGAUGUGUCCCUCUGGAGACUGAGGAUGCCAGGAAGAGCGAAGAGCAGCGAAGGGCCGGGGAGGAGCAGAGGAUGAGAGGAGAAGCCCCGAGAGGCCCCGAGAGAGGCGGGUGGCUGCUCCGCGCAGUGAAGGUGGAAGCGGAGGAAGAGUACUCGGAGUGGCCGGCGGGGCUGAGCGCGGAGGUGCUGCUCUCGGGACUGCCGGUCGCAGCGGGAGUCUGCAAGUCCGAGGGCCUGAACCCCGCGGAGGAGUACGGCGCCAACGGAGGAGGAGGAGGCCUGGGCGAGCUGUCGGGCUUGGCGCUGCAGCAGUGGCAGUUGCUGAGCGAGGAGAAGCCGCUGGGCUGCCCCCGGUGCGAGCACCCGGGACCCCCGGCGGCGGCCGGCCCCGGGGACCCCCGCCCCCGCCCCUUCACCUGCCCGCAGUGCGGGAAGGCCUUUGGCAAGAAGGCGCACCUGACGCGCCACGCGCGGGUGCACACCGGCGAGCGGCCCUUCGCCUGCGCCCACUGCGGGCGCCGCUUCUCGCAGAAGAUCCACCUGGGCUCGCACGAGCGGGUGCACACCGGCGAGCGCCCCUUCCCCUGCGAACGCUGCGCCAAGAGCUUCCGCAAGAAGACGCACCUGGUGCGCCACCAGCUCACCCACACCGGCGAGCGGCCCCAUGCCUGCCCGCUCUGCGACCGCACCUUCGUGCACCGCAGGCACCUGCUGCGCCACCAGCGCCUCCACGAAGAGGGGGGCCCGUCGGCGCACGGGGAGCUUCCAGAGACGGGUCAAGCGGCGACAGGGAUCUACGGGGGUGGCUCCGAACCCGGGCAGGAUGUGGGCGUCUGCGGUGGUGAGCAUGGCGGAGUGGGGCAGGUCACAACCGUCGAAACCGGGCAUGUAGCCGAUGUCUGCGCAGAGCAGGGCAGACUUGGGCUGGCAACCGUUUCGUACAGCAACGAGGUCGGACUGGGGCAGUUUUCUGCCUCCUGCGUGGGGCACACGGAGCCGUAUCCGAGUGCUGUUCUGUUUAAGGCUCAGGCGGAUCCCAAGUUGGGGAGAGUCCCUGGCAUGGAGCAACCCGGGCAGGGGGACGGUGGCAUGGCAGCUCCCGGAAUGGUCUACCCCGAGCAAGGCCACUUUGCUGCCCUCUGCAGGGCGCAGGGGGAGGCAGAGGGUGGAGCCCCCUGCAUGGAGCAAGUUGGCAAGAUCGAACCGCAAGAGGAGGAGGAGGAGGAAGAACCGAAUCCUUGCCAGCGCCCGGAGGAAAAACCGUUCCUGUGCUCCGACUGCGGAAAGGCGUUUGCCUGGAGGAAAAACCUGGCAUCGCACCAGCGGCUCCACGCAGAGGGCGGCCGCCCGUUCUCUUGCGCCGAGUGCGGGAGGGGCUUCAGCGACAAGCGCCACCUGACGGCGCACCUCCGCGGGCACAUGGGCCUGCUGCCCUAUGCCUGCCCGCACUGCGAGAGGAGCUUCGCGCACCGGGCCGGGCUGGCGGCGCACCAGUGUGGCGGGCACGCCGGGCAGCGCCCGUUCUCCUGUGGCGACUGCGGGCGCUGCUUCGCCCACAAGAGGCACCUGCAGAGGCACCGGCGUAACCAGCACUCGGCCGAGCGCCCGUUCUCCUGCGCCCAGUGCGGGCGAGCCUUUGGCACCCGGGCCAGCCUGCUGGCGCACGUCAAGUCCCACGCCGGGCAGCGCCCCUUCGCCUGCCCGCUGUGCGGGCGCGCCUUCAGCCGCAAGUCGCACCUAGCGCGCCACGAGGCGGUGCACACGGGCCUGCGCCCUCACGCCUGUGCCCAGUGCCCGCGGCGCUUCAGCUCCAAGACCAACCUGGUGCGCCACCAGGCUGUCCACACCGGCCUGCGCCCCUACAUCUGCACCCACUGCGCCCGCAGCUUCAGCCGCAAGACACACCUCUUGCGCCACGAGCGCACGCACACCAGUGCCCCCCUGCCAAGCAACCCCACUGUGUGGCCGACUGCCUUGCCCCAGGCCUCCCAGCAGCAGCAGCAGCAGCAAGAACAACCCCUAAUUUUCCCCAUGGCUUUUGGAGCCACGUGGCAAUGACCCAAAAGCCACGUAACUGCUGCAAGAAAGUGUGUAUUCUGUCCUAUAAAGAAUCAAAACAAGCCCUGCAGAAAUAAAUUGUACACCAGUGUCAGUAGCCUAAUUAUACUGCAAAGUAAGCAUAUUUUUCAUAAUUCUGGAA